UUUUUUGUUAGUAUUCUGUGUGACGUGCCGAAUGGAGUAUGUUUUCGUCCGUGCUUGUAGGUGUUGUCUGUGUUGCUUGCGCUCGGAUAAUUGAAUAAACAAAUUGUUACGGAGGUGCGCGACAAUGGCUAACCAUUACGAAGUUCCAAAUUGGGCCGGGAAACCACCGGUGGGGCUGCAUUUGGAUGUACUGAAGAGUGAUAAGCUGAUACAGAAACUUAUGGUAGACGAAAAGAAGUGCUAUUUAUUUGGCCGCAACCAACAGCUAAAUGAUUUUUGCAUUGACCAUGCAUCCUGCUCUCGGGUUCACUCAGCCCUUGUUUACCAUAAACAUCUCAAUCGGGCAUUUUUAGUUGAUCUGGGAAGCACACAUGGAACUUUUAUUGGCAAUCUACGUUUAGAAGCUCAUAAACCAACUCAAUUGCCAAUUGACAGUACAUUUCACUUUGGCGCGUCGACUCGGUAUUAUAUUAUAAGGGAAAGACCCCAAACUGGUGCCAGACCUAUCAUCGAGGAGCUGGAAAAGUUAUCCGAAGAUAUUGACGCCGGUGGUUUAUUAGGUCUACCUGAAACGGAAACCGAACUCGACAAUUUAACGGAAUUUAAUACGGCUCACAAUCGACGAAUUUCUAUGCUCGGCAUAACAGACGAUGAGAUGCACAAGCCAACGCGCAAACGGAAAAAGAAGGGAAUUACUUUCAACGAUGACGAGGAAGUUAUCAAUCCUGAAGACAUCGAUCCGUCAGUUGGGAGGUUUCGCAAUCUUGUGCAAACAACAGUAGUUCCCAGCAAGAGAAUGCGUAUGGAGGGCGGUCUCAUAUCACUGUCGGAGGAUCACAAUCUGCUGAAGCACAUGCAACCCACGUCCACUACGCCUCAACUCUAUCACGAUCUACCUCCCGAGCAGUUCUCGCAUUCUUCAAUGUCGGCGAUCAAUCCGUUCUCCACGGCUCUGACGUCGUUAACGUCUCGACUGGGCAUCGCGUUACCCAAUCCGGCACCCGAGGUAGAAAUGACACCUAAUCAGAUACAGACGGAGGCGCCGCACGUGCAAGAGCUGCCGGGCACAACGGAGCCGCGAUCGAUGGAGCCGAAGAAGAAGAAGUACGCCAAAGAGGCAUGGCCCGGAAAGAAGCCAAUGCCAACGCUUCUCGUAUAAUAGGAGAGAUUAUCGUUUACACGUGUGCGUUAUAUAAUUUUAUUAUCUGAUCCGGUUAUCCGCGAGGCCCCAUUAACGAGAAAUCAUUCACGUGUGAAGUCGCUUCUUUAUUUUUUUUUAUAUGAGCUUUAUGCUCCUGUUAUUUCGUAUUCUUGGCAACUUGUCGUUCCCGGACGAAUUUUCAUUCGUGUUCCUUUUAAGUCACACGGGAUUAUUGUAAAAAGAUUGAAGUCUACUUCAAAUACUUUACAACACAUAAUAGUAUUUGAGAUAAAAAAGUCUUACUUGUAAUUUGUACGUAAUAGAAAAGAACCUUUGAAGAUUUAUAAAUGAACGUGUGUGCUUUGUGUAUGCGUGAGAGUAUACUUUUGUAAAUGUAUCUUUAAUUCUUUAAAUGCCUUCUGCAGUCGCAGCUCAUAUGAAAUUAAAUUUUAUAUGCCGAGUUUCCAUCGUGGGUUAUAGUGUUUAUUUAAAGUUGGGACUAACUCUGUACCAACUAAAAUAUGUGAGUAAUAAAAUAUCGCUUAAUUCUUAAUUUCGCUUGAUCGCUUGGAAAUAUUUACAUUAUUUAUAUAAUAUAAUUAUUUGUCCAAGUAUCUGAGAUUCAUUUGAAGAGAUCUAAUCUUUUAACUAUAAUCUGUUAACGCACGAUGGAUAGACAUUUAGUUGUCUGUAAUUGACAAUCGAACGAAUGAUCAUCUUAAAAUUAUCAGUACAGAAAAUACAUGUUUUUUUAAUUAAAAUAGCUUAAUGAGUGAUCAUGUUAAACGCAUAGUGUUACGUUUUAAAAGCGUCACCAUACUGUACCAUUUGCUUUAUUUUCUAUUCUGGAUAGUAACUAUCAAUAUAAAAAUUGCUAGCGUUUAUCAGGCAGACUUUUUUUCCUGUAAUAUUAUUGUAAAAUAAUAUUAUGCCUAGCGUUAGCUCUUUAUAUUGUGGUCUCCAUGCGAUUGAGAAGUUUUAAUAAUAGCAUUAUUGUUACGUCUCCUUAAAUUUCGUCAUAAUUUUCUUUACAUUUUAUCGCUAUUAUUAUCGCUACAAGUGCAAUCAAGUCAAUGUAAAUAGUUAUAAAAUAAUUUCGUUGACAUAUUUUUAUAUGUCACUAGCAAAAA